AAAUCCUGCGCGCAGCACUCUUGCCGCCUCCGAUCCGGCAAACCUUGCUUCCCCGGUCAAGGUCAAGUUUAUCCGCCUCGGCUCGGCGAGCACAUAAACCUCCCGCUAUCGGUAGCUUUCUUCACUCUUCCUUCGAUUGUUCUACUUGUUUGCAGGUUUCUUUGACGGUUCGAGGGAGAAACUGAACUCGCCACCAUGAGUCGGCCCAUGGAAGAGGAUGCUCCAAGCAAGGAGGAAGAAUUCAGCACUGGUCCACUUUCAGUUCUGAUGAUGAGUGUGAAGAAUAACACCCAGGUGCUGAUAAAUUGCCGCAACAACAAGAAGCUUCUUGGGCGCGUGAGGGCAUUCGAUCGUCACUGCAACAUGGUCUUGGAAAAUGUCAGAGAGAUGUGGACUGAGGUGCCAAAAACUGGGAAAGGCAAGAAGAAGGCGCAACCAGUGAACAAAGAUAGGUUCAUCAGUAAAAUGUUUCUCCGCGGUGAUUCAGUAAUCAUUGUUCUUAGGAAUCCAAAGUGAGGUGAGGUAGUAAUCAUGGAUCAAACUCAGGAGCUGCUUCCUAUUAUGAUCCAUCUUUGUAAGAACCGUGGAAAGCCAGUAGUACUUGGUCGUUCUGUUGAAUUCUGGUGUGCAAGUAGAGGAUUAGAUGAUACUGUAGCUAUCUGUUUCUUUUUAAUAUGAAUGAAUGAUUGAUGAACAGGCAUGUAGUUUCUUUCCAUCGAGUACGGGCGGUAUCCUUGACCAUUUUGGGUGAAAUGUUGAAUCAGGGAGUUUGCCAUUUCUUACUGUUAAUGUAUAUGGUUCAACUGAUGCCAUUAUUGAGAAAGCAAAAGUGAAAAGAAGUCAAAUUAAGC